GCCCCGAUCGGCGAGCAGGAGGAGGAAACACUGCAGGCUGGUUUCUACAUCCAACAGACAGAAAAGACAGUGCGAUAUUCCACAAGGGGACAGUGCCAACAGGAUGGAGCAUAGUUAUGCUAUUUUACAUGAGAUGCCAUCUCUUUCAGCUGAUUCAUGUGGUCUACGUGCCGCCGCUUAGGAUCCCUCCAGAUCCGCUGGACUACACGCAGCCUCAGAUGGAUGUUAAACUGCUUUCUCAGCCUUCGCUGCAAUACAAGUUCACAGUAUAACUAAGAAAUGGUGCCAGAUCCAGGAAUGCACUGAGGAAGGUAUAUCUGAAACUUUCCUAUCCAGGGAAAAGCCCACCUUCUGGGAAUAUAUCAGUGGUGAAGAAAACAGUGGACAAGUUGUUGAAGGGAUAUGACAUCCGUCUGCGGCCAGACUUUGGAGGUGAUCCAGUUUCUGUGGGGAUGAGUAUACACAUCUCAAGUAUUGACCAAAUAUCUGAGGUCAACAUGGAAGAUGAAAUACAAGAUUAGGUAUGAAUGUACUGUUUACACAUGAAUACAACGGAGCUGGGAAGACAGCAGUAGAAAAUGACGGAUGGAUUGUCUUUGCCAGAGUUGCAGGAGGGAGGCUCAGAAGAAUCUGAGUUCCAAUUGGUCAGAGUUGUAGCAGUGUUAAAGUGGCAAUAAAUGAUCUUCUAUUUUUUAACUUGCAUUAUUGAUUUCUACUUAACGUAUUCAGUGUUUGUUACCAUAUAGUUGGGUUGGCUGCAUUUGGCUGCAUUUUGUCAGUCAAGACUGAGCAUUUUAAUAAUACGUAAGGCAGUUCCAUUAAUAUAUACAGUGCUAGUGAGAUUACAAAAUAUAUAUAAAUGCAAUUCAAAAUUGUCUCCAAUUUUAUAAUGUUUGUUCCAUGUCCUUGAAAGUCUGGGUUAGAAUAACAUACAAGUGUCAUCGGGGAUCAAAAAGCUUCACAAAAGCUUACAAUCUAAAGUAUCAUUCAAUCAUUUUCUAUUACAGUGGAUACAUCCAUUCUGGGGUCAUCCAAACAAUUACCUUGUAACAUAUCAUUCCUGAGUGUGAACUGAAGUGCAAAUAGAGUUUAAGGAAUGAAAAAUGAAACUGUUUUAAUAGUUUAGUAUUAAAAAAUAAUGUACUGCUGCCCUGCACUGGUAAAAGUUGUGUGUUUGCUUCAGAAUAACUUACUAUAGUUUAUAUAAACAAGCUGUAUUGUAGCCAUCUGGGCAACCUUUCAGCCUCGGUACAUGGCAGAUUGUUUUAUCAACAUUUGAAUAUGUGUAGUUUUAGAGGUUUCUCAAAGCAUGAUUAAACUAACAUUUUUGAAAAGCACAAAAUUCUACUAAUUUAUGAAAACAUCGGGGGCGUGGCCGACCGGGCAGCAUGGAGGACGCGUUGCUGCGGAGCUCCUGAGCUAGCGCUGCAGUCUUCCCCAGCUAGCCGCCCCAAAAGUGUCCAAACUUACCCCCACCUGGCUCCGUAAGGAACGGAGACCGUCCGCUCCCACUCAUAAAAAUCCCCGGCUCCCUACUGCAUAUAGAGCCGGAGCGCGAGGUGCGGCCUAGAACCGCGCUGAAGCCGGGGGCUCAAUUUGGGCCUGCCCCCCGGACCGCGGCAGAACGGAACUGCGGCCUCAGGCGCACCCUGCGCAAACCACGCAGGUGGAGAGGAGGAGGCAGAGAAGGGGUGAGUGACCUCCAGCCCCACGAUACCCUUAAAGGGCCAUCAUCCCCACUGCCAUCUGCCUCACCAGGCAGCACUAGGCAGACAAGGGAAGUACCUUGGGCCUCACAACCCUACAAGGCCCCAACACAGCCUACCCCCGGACAAGCUGGGCAACAAGGGGACCCAAAGCUCCCCCCUGACAUUAAAUCUCUCCGCCCCUGUACUACUAAGCAGAAGGAAGGUAUAGCACGCAACCUGUAAUACCUCCCUGAAAGAAAUUAGGACUCUGGCAGGAAGCACAGCAACCUUGAGAAUGCCAGGAAUGUAGCUUACACCUACAAGAACUCCAAGUACUACGGCCCAUUAACCAUCCCUGUGGAUCCCACUCCAGUCAUAACAGCACCCAGCCUGCCAUCCUUAACCCCUGCACGAUGGGUGGCACCAAAACACAAAAACCAAAGACUGAUGCAGCAUCCAAACUUGAGCAAUUUGCACGACAACCUACUCAGGCGGGCGCCCAACAGAAGGACAGUCAGACAGCAACUACAAGCACCUCACCACCGCCACCGCAGCCAGAGGCAGCAACACAACUGCUGUUGGAUGCAAUAACAGACUGUAGGACAUCUCUCUCCACCAAAUUAGAAGAAGUAAAAAUCGACCUUUCGCUGCUUAGGGCUGACCUACAGAAUAUCCGCGAGCGGGUACGUGAAACUGAAAACAGAAUCUCGACUCUGGAAGAUACUUGUAACCCACUUCCCCCAGCGAUUCAGCGUCUGGAAACCAAACUCAAAGCCUGCACUGACAAGCUAGAUGAUUAUGAAAACCGCCAGCGGCGCAACAACUUACGCAUCGUGGGGCUCCCAGAAAGAGUGGAAGGCAAUGAUCCGGUGACCUUUGCAGAGAAGUGGCUAAAGGACUCCUUCCCCUCGGUCCCCUUCUUGCCCUUUUACACAGUUGAGCGGGCACACAGAGUCCCAGGCAGGAGCCCCCCACCAGGAAUGCCUGCCAGAGCCUUCCUAAUUAGAUUCCUAAACUACAGGGACCGGGAUGCCAUACUACAAGCCAACCGACAAAGACCAGACAUCAUGAUGGAAGGGAAAAAAAUAUCCAUCUUCCCGGAUUUCUCUGCGGAACUCCAGAGGCAAUGGGGCACGUUCACAGCUGUUAAGCGCCGACUACGGGAAGCCAAUCUAAAGUAUGGCAUGUUGUACCCAGACAAGCUGAGAAUUCAAGCUGGAGACAGAGCCAUAUUCUUCACAUCACCACAAGAGGCAAGUGUCUGGCUUGAUGGUCGGGACCCACCACCCCCCGACGCCAACCCCAACCGCCCCAACUGACAGGAUGGGAUCCAGUGCAGCAGCAGGUGAGACUAGCCCUCAUUUAAACACCCUAUUAUGUCUUUCUCAGGAUCCACAGCCCAGGAUACAUUCCCUGCAGCCUAUACCAAUAGCCAAUAUGGAACUACCUGCUGAGCCUAUAUGGCAUGAGACCCAGGACCCUCAUAGUUGCUUCUGUCCAAUUUAUGGCUAUAUAUAAUAGGCACUUUAAGACAUGAGAAACAAGGGGAGGGGGGGGAUCAACUCUUACCGUAGGUGGGCUGCUGUUUCAUCAAGGGCAACCUAGCUAUAUUCCCCAAGAGGAAGGGGCAACCACCUACUAUGAGGAGACACUUUAGACCCCCUCUGAACUAAUAACGACAAUAAGGUGAAACAGAUAUGUUUACCGCUAAGUAGCCUGGGAAAACAGCUGGACAUUCCCCUCCUCUGAAUGCAAAGGGGAAAGGCGAGAGGCUGUCCUGAGAUGCACCCUCUCUGGUUUUUUUUCUCUAAUUUUUGUAUUUUUUUUUUUUUGAGAUAAGCACUGCUGCUGCAUUAAUACAGAUUUGUUAUUUGACAUCUUAAUUUUCUUUUUCCCCCUUUUUUUUUUUUGUUACCAAACUGUGUCAACCCAGGUACUAUGGAGACUUGAACCGCAUUCCUGUGUUACAUACCCCAAAGUUAACUGCCCACGGGUAACCACACCCCUGUUUACAAUGUUAUGGGAAAAAAACCUGCCAAGUUUUCAGGUCAGGUCGGGUGGGAUGGGAAUUAUGGGAUGUUAUAUAUUUAAUGUAUAUUUGUUGUCAUGGUUGCUGCAUACUUACCUCCAAAACUGUGUUAUGAUGUUUAUGUUGAUGUGUAUACUAAGUUUCUCCACCCCUCCAACAAUGCCCCAAAUCGACACUCAUGGGGGGGCCCACUUAGGUGCCUUUCUUGGAACAUCAGGGGCCUGAACUCUAAGUUCAAGAGAGCCUUAAUGUUUGACUAUAUAAAAAAACAUGUCCCUGAUGUCCUCUUCUUGCAAGAAACACAUCUGGUGGGCCAAAGACUCAUGGCACUUAAGAGGCAAUGGUGGCUCACACCUAACAUUCCGCCUUUUCCUCGCACGCCCGGGGAGCCUCCAUACUGGUCCGCAAAGGGCUGCAAUUUGAGCUGAUAGACUUAGUUACUGACCACUAUGGCCGAUACGUACUUAUGGCAUGCACAAUAGCAAACCAAAAUAUAACCUUAGUUAAUAUCUAUAUGCCCCCACCAUUUGAUAUAGUACCCUACUGGAUAUCAUAAUGGGAAAGAUAGCAAAUUUUCCACCAUCACCAAUGCUCCUUAUGGGAAAAUUCAAUGCCUUAGUAAACCCUCUAAUAGACAGACUGACCCCGGGUCCUCACACUACACCAAAAUUUUCUCGCUGGGUCCAGGCUAUGAACCUCACUGACGUCUGGCGCUGGAAAAACCCAGAUAAACGAGAGUACUCAUGUUUUUCGGCCACUUACAACACCCUUUCCCGCAUUGAUCUGGCCCUGGCCACAGCAGAUCUAUUACCCUUGGUAGCCACGGUAGAAUACUUGCCUAGAGCGAUAUCUGACCACUCACCCUUAUUGGUCCAGCUCAACUUCACCCCAGGACCUGGCGAACGCCUUUGGCGACUCAGCCCAUUGUGGCUUUCACAGCCAACUGUUGCAAAAGCAAACGAGGUUGCUAUUACAGAAUAUUGGGAACUUAAUAACGGUACUGCAUCCUCAGGUAUUGUGUGGGAGGCUUGUAAAGCCACAAUGAGGGGUGCACUUACCACAGCAAUUAGAGGGGCUAGAGUGGAGGCAGUAAGGGAGUUGGAAGAGAGGCAGAGGGUGUCAGCUGAGGCAGAAAGAAACUACAUAGAAAAAGUGGGGCCUGACACUCUCGGUGCCCUCAGAGCGGCACAAACUGCCGUAGAAGAAGCUAGAAUCAAAACGACCCAAAAGAGGCUGUUAUAUGCUACCCAGAAAACUUUCGACAAGGGGGAAAAGAAUGGGAAAAUCCUAGCUUAUCUUACCAGGUCCCAAACCCCAACCAAUACUAUCCCCAAAAUUGUCUCCCCCUCAGGUGUCACGGUCACGAACCCCUCCCAAAUAGCUAACUCCUUUGCCGAGUACUACCAAGACUUAAAUGCCUCUCAAGUCGAUUACACAGCAGAUCAAUUAAUGGCCUAUCUUGAUGCUAUACCCUUCCCCCAGCUGACGCCCCACUCGGUCACCUCCUUAAAUGCACCCAUUACCCUAGUGGAGGUGCAAGACGCAAUUGCCUCCCUUCACCCCAACAAGACACCCGGCCCAGAUGGCCUCCCUUCAGACUGGUAUAAAAUUUCCAGAGAACUCCUCUCCCCCUGGUUACAUAAAACCCUAACGGAUGCCACAGAGGAGAACCAGCUCCCCCCCUCCUUUAACGAGGCACUGAUUGUGGUGAUCCCGAAAGAAGGGAAGGAUCCCCUUAAUUGCGGAUCCUAUAGGCCUAUCUCCCUUCUCAAUACGGAUGCCAAGGUGUUUGCAAAAGUACUGGCCACUAGGCUUAAACAGGUGAUAGAAGAAAUUAUAGAACCAGACCAAACUGGAUUCAUGCCAAGUAGAUCUACCAAUCUCAAUAUUCGCAGACUAUUCACAAACAUACAUGCAAAACAUAUUAAUCAAGGAUCACGUAUCAUAGUAUCCCUAGAUGCAGCGUAGGCCUUUGAUUCUGUGGAAUGGGUAUACCUUUGGGGAAUAUUGAAAAAAUUUGGUCUGGGGGACCAAUUUAUCCAAUGGGUAAGGCUACUAUAUCAGCAACCAACAGCAAGAGUAAGAUCCAAUGGCUACUUAUCAACUUUCAACCUGUACAGAGGCACUCGCCAAGGGUGCCCCCUAUCACCACUUCUCUUUGCCAUAGCGAUAGAGCCCCUGGCAAUUUUGAUCCGUCAGGCCAAAAAUAUCACAGGGCUCCUUCUGGGGAGACUGGAGGAACGCAUAUCCCUAUACGCCGAUGACAUACUACUAUACCUGGACAACCCGGGUGACUCCCUGCAGGCGGUCUUGCAAAUAGUAGACCGGUUUGGUCAUUUCUCAGGCCUCAGGAUCAACUGGGGGAAAUCCAGUAUUUUCCCUAUUGACAAGGACACUGACCCUGACUCAUUCCCCCUCACCCCUCUAGUCUGGGUGGACACAUUCAAAUAUCUGGGUAUCAAUAUACACAGAAGCCUUGAUGCCUUCAUACCCUCAAACCUAGAGCCAAUUCUGCUUAACAUGAAAGAGAAACUGAAGGUGUGGGCAAACCUCCCCAUAUCACUUUGGGGUAGGAUCAACCUCCUAAAAAUGGUUUUUCUCCCUAAGUUCCUCUAUAUCUUCCAUAAUUCCCCUGUUCUUAUCCCUAGUACGUUCUGCACAUCUAUAGAUAAAACGCAAACAGCCUUUCUCUGGGUAAACAAACCCCCCAGAUUUGCUAGAGCCAAACUACGAGCUUCGGUCAGGGGGGGGGGACUGGGUCUCCCACACUGGUAUUUUUACUCCCUGGCUGCUCAGAUCUAUUAUAUACACUGGUGGUUUAACCCAGACCCAAACAAUCCGAACUUCCCCCUCCAGGCCACUCUGGCAAGCUCCAUAGAGUCGCUUGCCUGCAUCCCAUUCCGCAAGCUCUGCGACAUCCACACAGACCACCCAAUCAUACUUACACCCUUCAAAGCAUGGAUGACAGUACUCAAAAUCUUUAAGUUAAAGUCUCCCCUUCUCUCACCAAACCUACCACUAUGGGGAAACUCCUUUCUCCCGCACCUGCAGAAUAUAGCGGAAUACAAAAUCUGGCCGCUCUGGGGCAUACGAACACUGGGGAAUUUGCUUGAGGGCAGGCCCGAAUUUGUGAAAAGGCCACCUAGGCCCGGGCCUAGGGCGGCAGGAUUUUAGGGGGGCGGCAUGCUGCCCAACCACACCCACAUUUGUUCAAAAACACUGGGGAUGCGCUGAA